CGGACAUAGUCAAAACAGCAGGAGAAUCGUUCUUACUCUACUGUCGUGUCGACGGUUAUCCACAUCCGAAACGUUCCUGGGCACGAGAAGACGGAGAACCGUUACCAGCUGAUGUCAUCGAAGAGAAUGAAACGCUGACCAUACCGAGCCUGCGUUAUCCUCAGGACACAGGGAGAUACGUUUGCAAGGCAGAAAACGUUCGGGGAGGCGACCAGAAAAUUGCAACUCUCAGAGUCACGCCUGACUGCGCAUGUCCAGCAAAGAUAUCCACAAGCUGGUUCAAUACACGACCGUUUAUAUAUGAGCACAAUGGUAACGUUAGUGGCAUUUUUCCCAAACUCCUAAAAGAAAUCGUCGAUACAUGUUGCGGCAACUGUAGCGCCGGCCACGGUGUGUCCAAUGUUGAAUACGGAAGACCCAAAAUCCUUAUUACAAGUGAAAAAUAGCCUUAGCUCUGACGAGGUGUUUCAUCUGACCUUCCCAAUCGCGGGCAAGGAAACAGACGACGAAUAUAAGGGUGAAUACUACAAACCGCUGUUCACUUCACCUGGGAUCGCAGUCUUAGUAAUGAAAGACGAUUCGAGCGAGAGCGCAGAUGCAAUCUUAAAUGCAGUGAUGUCGGCAUGGCCAGUACUUUUGCUCACUUUACUCAUGGCCUGGUUGGCUGGUAUUGCCAUUUGGGCAUUGGAUACAUGGAAUAAUCCAGACGAGUUCCCGCGUUCAUUUCACAUCGGGGUUCUGGAAGGUUUCUGGUGGGCUUUUGUUACCAUGACAACAGUAGGAUACGGCGAUCGCUCCCCUCGAGGAUACACAGCACGAUUGUUUGCGAUAGCCUGGGUACUAGUGGGUCUCAUCGUCAUUUCUAUAACAACUGGAGUGAUCACGACUUCGCUGACCGCCAUCACACAGAACACUGAUCUCAAGUUAUACGGUGCCAAGGUUGGUGCAUUGGAGAACACGACAGAGUAUCGUAUGGGGGUUUUGAAGAAUUCCAACGUGCAACCUUUCAAAGAUCUAGCCUCGAUGUUGGACGCAUUGUACAGCAGGAAAAUUGACGGUGUGCUGCUGGAGAGUUUUGUCGCGGGCGCCAAACGUGAUACCAUGUCUUCAUCGGUUCGUGUGAAUAAGCUUGUGUCAUAUGCCUCUUCUUAUGGCGUCGUUUUUCGCGAUAAAAUGGCAUCACCACAUUUGAAACAAUGCUUCACAAACUUUGCAACAACCAAGAAAAAUAUAAUUUCUAAAAUCGUCGAAGACAAUACAUCACCAGUAAAGGAGCCGAAGAAAAGCGCUUCAGAAGAGGCUGCAUCUGGAUUGUUCGAUGCUAAAACUGCGAUGUUUAGAAGAGCUUUGUUCAGCUGCAUCGGUCUUCUGUUAUUUUUUUGCGCAUGUGGUCUUCUUUGGGAUUAUGGAUAUCACAGAUAUUUGAAGAAGAAAUCCGAUUUGGAUAACCUCGCUGUGCUCGCCGGGCCAUCGUACGCGGCAGUCAAGGCCAACAUGAACUUGUUGGAUUCCCUCUUGCAAGAUGUCCAGGAGUUUAAUGACGUUUGGACAGAAAAAUUCGAGACGAUAAUGGCGAGACACGAAGCAGAAUACAAAGCAUUCGUGAAUCCUCAUUACGACAUUGAAUACUACUAACUUUGACAAAUGUAGCUUUGAAUGUAGCACGAUCAACACAUACAUGCAAGUCGUAGUAAGUAACGAAAAUAGUGAUGUAGCCAGACCGUUAACUUAUUUCAGCCAUGAAAAUAUUUUGGUGUUUAGUUGAUGUAAUGCAUUCAAUCAAAUCGAAAGGCAUUUGGAUUCGCAACCGAAUGUAAAUGAGAGAGCGUUCUAUCACAAAUAAAUCACAAAUCGAAAGAAUUUCAA